AUCAUCACAGCCUUGAGGACAGAAUGGAGGCUGAAAGCACGGCAUCUAUACUCCCGGAGAGACUACUUCACUAUUGCCCCGCCCAUCAAGUCUUAAUAUGCACCGCCUGCCACUAUGCAGUCCAGCCAACAGCCAUUCCUCGGCACUUGAAGGAUAUCCAUCACAUCCAUAGCAACAAGCGGCGUCCGUUCGUCACUUAUGCAAAAUCUCUCAAGUUGAGAAAGCCAGAGGAAGUAAGGCCGCCUAGUGCUGGCGAAUUCCCUGUGCCCUACCUGCCGCUUGAGCAGGGGUGGCGCUGCGAGGCGCCAGGAUGCAACUACCUUUGCGCAUCUAUCAAGCGAAUGGAAGCCCACUGGUCUGCUCAGCACGGUCGAAAGGGCUGUUUAAAUCGUGACUGGAGCGCUGCUCCCUUGCAGUCUUUCUUCCGAGGGAAUAAGCUGCGAUACUUUACCAGCACGGAUUCAUCAACAAAACUAGAUGGCAACAUGGCCAGCAUGUCUAGGAAACGAGACCAUAUACGACGAAUCCGAAAAAAGCACAAUUUGAAUAAAUUGGAUGCCGAAGCUCUGGGCUAUUACUUCUCUGCUUCUUACAAGAGCUUCGUGACAAAUGACCAGACAGAGAGAAUCUGGCUUGACGUCGUGCCAGAUCUGGCAUACAACCAUUUAUUCCUGCUACAAGGCAUCUUGGCUUGUACGCUAUUACAUAUGGGAUACCUAAAUCCUACAAAGCGACAGAUAUACACCCUUCACGCAUGUGCUCACCAAGAUUCGGCACUUCCACAAUUUCGUCAUGCAAUUCACCAUCCAGACGAAAAGAACUGCGACGCAAUAUUGUCGUUUGCCUACUUACUGAUCAUAUAUUCCUUUGCUACGGAUACCCAAAACACCAUCAACUCACUUCUCAUUGUGGAAGAUACCUACGCCAACUCGGACGAAACGGAACUGAUUCUCCCUCAAUGGCUGCAUUUCAUUCGCGCCGGUUGUUCAAUGCUCUGCGAUGUCUGGGACCGAAUCGAAAAUGGACCAGCAAGCGCGCUGGCUUCUGCAUGGGACGAGCUCGGAGCGAAUAAGUUCGAAGAUAAACGCGAGGAUCUGCCGUACUUGGACUACUUCAAGUCUCUCGUUCCAGGUGACGGGUCCUGGUCAGACGAAUCUAUCGAAAUUUAUCAUUCUGCUGCAAAUACAUUGACUGAGUCAUUUGCCCUGCAUGGGCGUGCAAAGAGGAAGUCCCAUGUUAACCCAUGGAAUAUUCUCGGCGUGUGGCCGGUACGUUUGGAGGUAGCGUUUAUCUCCCUGAUAUCUGAGCGACAUCCCGGGGCGCUUAUUCUACUUGCGUAUUACUGUAUCAUACUGAAAGAUAUGGAGAACUGCUGGUAUUUUGAAGGGAGACCAGCGAAAUUGCUUCAGUCUAUUGCAGAUGUGCUGGACGCAGGAUGGCAUCCUUAUAUUCAGGAUCCAAUUGAAAUCGUUAUGGGGUUGAAAACAUAG